CAGAUACCAGUGUUUUUGGGAGUGACAACAACUUCCGUUUUAUCUUCUUCAUUUUUUUCGUUAUCUCUUUACAAACAGCCAAAAUUCCACGCAUUUCCACAACCUCCCCGAAAAGCCAUCGCGCGACAGAACGUAGCGAAAGUUUAGGGUGAAAAAUCAAAUUCACGUGUGCAAUUUUAUUGCAUUUUUCAAAAGUCUUCUUUCUCUCCUUCGGCGCCUCUUCAAUCUCACACUUCCCUUCCCUACUUUCUCAGUGUUUCCAGUGCAAUUUGUGCCAAUAACUAAUUAUUUCCAUGCAAUACUACUUCUUGACGCUUUAACCGAGGUGCUUCAUAUUUUAAGCGAAUUUAACCAGAAUUUACUCAAUCCUCCAUUUCUUUCGCCAAGUAAUCGUUGCGAGAUUCAUUGUGCCAAAAAGAAACGAAGCUCCACUGUCAGCAAUGAGAUGCGGAAAGCCAAUGAAUUCUGUCGAAUUGUGAGAUAAAAGAUUUGAACAAUCCAAGAGUAGUCACGAAGAAAUGAUGAAUGAAGAGCACCGAGAUGAGGCCUAUUCAGACAGUGAAUGUGAAGAAUCGCACGAAGCGAUCGAUGCUCAAGAGACGUUUUGUCCUAUGUCUCAAAGUCCUCUUGGCCAUCACCGUGUUCAGCCUCUACGUGGCCGUGCUGCUGCGCGAAUCCCUCCAAGCCAUGGAGGACAGCAAGGCCAAGACGACCUCAUGGAUCACUAAGACUUCCCAUCGAAGCAAUGGAAAGAUUCUCAUUCGUCAUGUCUGGAGAAAUUCCACGAAUCACACGAAACCAGCCCAGCCAACAAAGCCCACCACACUCAAUCCCAUCUACGAAUAUUCCGAAGAGGUCAACGCAGCGGCCGAGAAGGAUUUCACAGACAGGAAGAAUCUCCUCUGGGACACGUGCAUCAGGAGAGGAAUGGUGGGCGUUUAUCCACCGAAUGCCUGGGAGUUCUUCAUCUCCUCUGGACACGGAUUGGCGUGGUGCAAUGUCUUCAAGGCAGCCAGCAGCUCAUGGAUGUACUACUUCAACAUUCUCGGUGGCUACAAUCUGGCAUAUCUGCAGAGGACAAAAACAUCCCCCCUCGAGUUGGCUCGCCAGCGCUUUCCACGACCAACAUUGCCCGAACUUGCUGACGCUCUCGCCAAUUCGAUAUCCUUCCUCAUCGUGCGUGAGCCCUUUGAGCGCCUCUUGUCGGCUUACAGGAACAAAAUCGAGGGCUUUCGCAACAAGUACUACAAGUUCUUGGCUGAGCAAAUCGUGCGCAAAUACCGGAAGACACCCAAGACGAAGGACACAUCAGGACCAACAUUCAAGGAGUUUCUCACCUAUCUCAUCCAUCACAGCAAAUCCGGCGGACGCUUCGACGAGCACUGGAGUCCCAUUUACAGCUUUUGCACCCCGUGCAGCAUCAAUUACACCCUCAUCGCCAAAGUGGAGACCUUUCAGCGUGACACCGAGUAUAUCAUUAGACAAGCAGGACUGGAGUCGCUGCUGCUCAACAAAUUACCCAAUAAGAAGGUACGCGCCAUAUCCAAUCGCUCAACCAGCGACACACGCCGCCUCAUCCCCAAAUACUUUGGCCAAAUUGACGCCCAAACCCUGGACCAAAUACUUGAAAUCUACGAACCAGACUUUGAACUCUUUGGAUACAAUUUCACAAAGUACUAUGAACUCAUUGAGCAAGUUUGAGAGAUUCACAUAUUUUUCCACUCUCUCUCUCUCUUUCUCUCUCCCCACCCAUUUUAUCCUCAUGGAAACUAUCAAUAGGCAUAAAUAUGUAGGCAAUAUAGUAAUCUACACUGGCACUAACAAACUAACACAACAGACAAGAUAAAUGGUGUGGUGGAGUAGUAAAAAAGAAGUGCACAUUAAUACGUAAAGUGAUUGUAGUUUAGGAAUAUAUAUGAAAUUUUCUGUGGAAUUCUGGGAAAAUAUAUUUCAGCGGUAUAUUCAGGCCCACCGAAAUCCACCAAGAUAAAAGAAAAAACCCUCAAACAAAUAGUAAAGAAACAAUAUUUUAAUAAAUAUUAGUAAAACCACGUCCCAGAAUUCCACUUCUAGUUUUGCACACAAUUUCAAUAGAGAAGAAGAAAUAUAUAUAACUGCAAUUUAUUUUCUAAAAUAAUUUCCCAAUAAUGCAUGAAUCUAACAUUUACGUUUUUGAUGUAAUCUCUCGUGCAUGAUACCAAAAAAAAACGAUUUAACUUCGGAAGGACAAUCUUUACGUAAAUGGAUAAAGUAAAUUAUUGAAUCGAUAUAUUUUAACAUUUUUUCUCCAGCCUAAAUUUAAUGAAAAAAAAAAUUUGACGGAAAAUUUGUGUAUAUUGUAUGUGAAAUUUGGAAACUUCGUGCAUUGUCUAAAGAAAAAUUUAAAAAGUGUAUUUUUACAAAGAAAAAAAAAUCUAAGAAUAUGGAAACAUGAGAAUUUGGAAUGGAUGAAAUUUUGCCAAAAACCCAAAAAGGAACAAAAAUAUGAUAAAAGAAAAUUAUUCGAUGUAUUUAACUGUUUUAUCGAAACAAAAAAUAUAUAUUAUAUUAACUGUGGUGUUGUCAAGAUGUACCUUAACUCUUAUAUAAAUUGUAUUAUUCUAUAUAUUAUAUAUUUUAAACUAUUGUCAGACUGAAUAAAAAUUCGUUUAAC